AUGUCGGGGAACUUCUACAAAGGAACAACCAAAGAGCAAACACCGUUCUUUAAAGAUAAGGACAGUCAACUCAUAGCUCAGCGAAAAUGGCCAGCCAUAUUUGAUCAAGAGGUUGACAUGAGCAAGGUGAAUGUGGAAGUGAUGAAAGCGUGGAUCAACCACAAGAUCACCGAAUUGUUGGGUUUCGAAGAUGAUAUCGUCAUAUCCUACUGCCUGUCACAGCUAGUGCCGGAAGAGGCUCUCGCUGCGGAUGUCGAUGAAAGGAAGAAUUACCUUUGCCCGAAGAAGCUUGCUAUAUCCCUUACUGGGUUCGUUGGCAAACAAGCAACUCACUUUGUCCGCGAAUUGUGGAAACUGCUUUUGAGCGCCCAGAAUACUCCUACGGGGAUUCCACCUGAAUUCCUAGAGAACAGGAGGCUGGAAAUGGAGAGGAAGAGAGAGGAAGCUGCACGCAUCAACGAAGAGUUGGUGCGUAGACAUGAACAAAUGAUGGCCACAGAGUUCAACAAACAGAUCAAACAGUUUGCAACGGGUACCGCUCCACCGAAACCUCCAACUCUUGUAGCAUACGAUACAAUUCCAGACACUGGAGGUGGCAUGAGGGGAUGGGAUAAUGACGAUGCGCCUGCAGCUCGCGGCCGUGCAGCCAUUGCAUGUCCUGUUAAUUGCUCACCUCUUCAGCAUCGCACGAGCGCAGCAGAAGUCGCAGCCGCUCGGGUGGCAGAAGCCGCCGCACUAGGAGCGACAGGCACGAGAGGCGUAGGGGCCGAAGGCGCAGCGAGUCCCGGAGUGUGUCGCGCUCCCCCGUUCGAUCACCAAGCCGAGGCCGGGACAGGGAUCGUGAUCGUCGGCGUGGCCGGUCAAAUGAUCGUGAUUAGCCUGUAUUCAGAUUUUGGCCGCAGUGACGGCUGUCCCGUAUUCGGCCAGGGCAACAAAAUCGCUGGAGUUGUAGAGUAG